AUGGAAUCCAUUUCGCCGCAUCUGACUAUGAAUAGUGGUAGCCUUAUCGUAUAUCCCAGAGGAUUCAUUGCCAUUCAAAGGGAUCCAGACUAUAUUAAUUCAGGAAAGAGAAAAGCGUUAUAUUUUCUGUACGUCUGUCUCAAAAAGGGAAUUUCACCUUCCAUAGAUCUUUUCAGGUGUAUCUUCGAAAUGCAUGAGCUAGUUCAAUGUAAUGCCUUUGUCUAUUUUACCACUAGGGUACCUAUGCAAUUCCCUAAGUUUAGGAAUUCGAAUAGCGGAUGGAAGUCCCGAUUUUUCUUCGUCGGGCCUUCAAAGGGUCAGUUUUCUUUUAACACAAACUGGCGACACCCCCAAAUUCGUCUCUUCAAUAGCCAAGUAGAAGCUACUCCCUUUCUAGAAGCUCAAAUCCAGGACUUGGUUGAUGUUCCGCCCUUUGCACCUGACUUAGGGUCAGUCCUUACCAUGAAGAACAUGUUGAAAGUGGGGAUGAGUCGUCCAAUUGGUAUGGACUUUGAUCUUGAUGAGGUAUUGAGGACUCUGCCAGGAGGAGAUGAGGGCCUUACCCUCGUAAGCUUUCAUAUUCACCCCUAG